CGGCCAAGAAGGACAAAAAAUUGUGAAAGAGUGAAAAAAUUAAUUGAAUGAUCAAUAAUUCGUCUUUUGAAAGCCUUGAUUUCGAGGCUAUUGAAGAUUUUAGUGUUGGUGGAGAGAUUUUACAAAGAAUAGUAGUGAGAAAUCCAACCGAGCCGGUUCUUGAGACCCCAACAGUGCUUUUCCUCUCACAGCUGGAAGAUAUUUUAAGAAAAACAUACAGAGGAAAAGUCCUCUUGGAAAAGAGGACCACUCUGCUGAGUUCAACAGCACAAAAGGAUCUUGUCUUCUGCAUUGGAGAGUUUCUUCUCGACGAACGGGAAAAAUACUCAAACAAAUCCCUUCCGGAACUCGCUGAUUUUUUCUCAAAAGAUAUUGUUGAGUGUUUCCCUUGUGAAAAACAGGAAACAUACUACGUACCCCGCCAGGGAAAAAAAGCGCCUUCGGGGAAACUGUUCGAUCGAAUUGUUAACUCACGCGCUUCACACAAGAGAAAGUACGGUGGCGAGGACGUGCGUAGGCCACAAUCCAAGACAAAAAGGCCAUAUAUUCAAUUUUCAUUUCCGCUAAGUGUGGACUUUGCUGAGCACAAAGCAUGGUUGUCACUAAAUUGUGCUCCUGUGGAGAUUGUAAUAGACCUGUGGAAGAAAACGUCGACAGAACGUCUACAAGAGAUUAGGGAUUCGCCUGAGAAUAUCCUGAAAACCUGGCCAAGGUACAAUGACCCAUGCGGAUAUUUAUUGAUUGACGUCGAUUUUUCAAAUCUUCACCCCGGUAAAGAGAAUCAACUUCUUGACGGAUAUGACGCAUUCAUCGACAAAGUCCUGAGCAUUUAUGAAAGCGACAUUAAAGAUAAAGCGAGCUGCGAGUUCCUAAAAUUCAUAAAUUCUCACUCAAGCAUAACUCGUGAUGAAAAGGAUUGCGAUGUACUCUUGCUGCUUUGUGCAAUUCUAACUCCUGUUAAAAUAAAGAAGACGCACAAGCCAUCUAUUCUUGAUGCACAAAAGGAACUGGCGCUGUUUGUAACAUGCCCGAGUGACAUCUCCAGGAAGAUUGCUGUAAUGCGGAGUGAGUACCAAGAGCAAAAAUUGUCCAUACAGCCGAAAUUGAUAAUUGUUGGCGAAUAUGAUACAACAAAGCUUCAGGUCGACGAAAUAUUUGUAUAUUUCGACGAAGUCAAAUACAAGAUGGGCAGUAUACGAAAAGCAGUUGACACAAUAAUAAAAUUGUGUUUUGUUUUCAACAUUGAGUACUCAAAGAUCACUAGACAGAUAUGGAGGUUCCUUCAGGAAUAUUUUUAUCAAAUUGAUUCACCUGAGACUUCACCGGCAAUCCGUAAUUUGUGUAACAAAUUGGCAUAAAAUGCCUUUUUCUUGCUUCGAAUGUGAACUAGAAAAGUAGACAUAGAGUUUUUUAUAUCACACGUAAAAACACACAAUUUUCCCUUUAAUUUCAAUUACUCUUGUAAAAAUUGUAAUCAAACUUUAAAUAACUGGGUUCGUUUUAAGAAGCACUUAAAGAAACAUGUCAUUCAGAGCCAAAAUUAUAACUUAUUAAGUUCCAAUGAAGAUAAUGUAUCAAGCAUAAAUGAAAGUAAUCUUUUAAGCGAAAUUAGUUAUGUUUCACAAAAUGAUGUACCAAGUACACCUAUUGUAAAUAAAAUUCCGAAUGCUGUGAAUUUUGAUGAAAGCAUUACCAAUUUUCAAAACUCCACACUCAAUUUUACUUUGGAAUUGCAUAAAAAUCCGAGAUUUAGUAGAAAAGAUGUCUUAGAAAUACAUAAGUCAGUUCUAAGUAUUAAGUUAAUAUUUAAGUAUUAAGUUAAUAAUGUAUUUACAUGUAAAAAAGGAAGAAAAAAGAAUAAAUUAAAUAUAUAUUAUUGAAAUUAAAAAUAAUGUAUUUUAAUUCGAAACAUUCAAUUCCUAAA